AGUUUAGGUUUUUGGAAGUAAAAGAAAAAAAUUACAAAAAAAGAGGAAAGAUGGAUAACAACCGGGCGGAGGCGGAGCGGUGGCUGGGGGUGGCGGAGAGGCUGCUGGCGUCGCGUGACCUGCACGGGACGAGGACGUUUGCGAUCCGUGUUCGGGACUUCAACCCGAUUCUUGCCGAUCAAAUUCUCGCCGUUGCCGACACCCUUCUCGCCGCCCAGUCGGAUCCCAUAGACUGGUACCGGAUCCUCCAACUCGCUCCGCUUACUCAGUCUGCGGAACUUGUAGCGACUCAGUACAGGAAGCUGGCUUUGCUCUUGAAUCCUGCUAGGAAUAAUCUCUUAUAUGCCGAUCAAGCGUUUAGGCUGGUGUCAGAUGCUUGGAGCGUCUUGUCCAAUCCAUCUAAGAAGGCCAUUUAUGAUAACGAGUUGCGAUUAGGGCAACUCGGGUCUGUGAGUCAACCCAGUUUUGCAACUCAGCUGGGUCUAGGGAGUCCACUCGACCAAGUGUUUCAAUUAGGUCAGCACCAGCAACCUCAACCUCAACCACCGCCACCGGCACAACAACAACAUCAUCAACAUCAGCAACCACAGAGGGAGACAGCAACAACGCCUGUGGGACGGACUGAACGAGUGAUUCAAUUUGGUCAGCCACAGGAACUAGAACAGCGUCAGCAACAUCAACAUCAACAUCAACAGCAGAAAGAGACGGGGACGCCAGCGAGGAAAAGCUCUAGAGGUAAGGAUGGAAGAACCGCAUUGGAAGAAGAAAGGCCCAGGCCCGAGUCAACUCCACAUACUGAGCCAACACGGAGAACCCAGAUAAAUCAGACGGAAUUGACCCGCCCGAGUUCGGGUAAUCAAACGGAGGCAGCUGGUGCCAAUCGGCAGACUGACUCGACUCCUUCCAAUCAGGCUGCAAGACCAAAGGUGCCUAGUUUCUGGACGGCUUGUCCGUACUGUUACGUUAUCUAUGAGUACCCAAAGGUCUAUGAGGAUUGCACUCUGCGCUGUCAAAAGUGUAGGAGGGCUUUUCAUGCAGCUACAAUACCGUCGCCGCCUGUGUCAGAAAAGGAGACUCACUUUUGCUGUUGGGCAUAUUUCCCGGUAGGGGUUUCGGGGAAUGCUAGAGGGGCCAGCGGGGGCGCUGGGGCAUUUCCUAGUUGGUCUCCUAUUUCGCCGAUGUUUGCCUGCCCUGUACUGGGUGAGGGAAAAGAAAAUACCACUCAAGAACAAAACAAGAAUCUGGACAAACAAAGUAAUGCUAAAAGUUCAGCUCCAAGAGUGUACUAUGAUGAUGAUGAUGUUUAUGUGGAGAUUUCGGAUAUGAGUGACGAAUCUGAGGAUGGUGAGUACUGGAUUGAAGAUAGGAGGAGAAAGCAGCCACAGAAUGCCAAAGGGAAAGUUACCGUGUCAAAGAAUGCAAGUAAGCCGCAAAGUGAGAGGGUUAGGAAGGGGAAUAACUUGGAUAGUGGUAUUAAUUUGGGCAGUGGGUCUGCGGUGCCAGAGGGUGCACCAGUGGCAGAGUCCAGCAGAAGAGGGUUGGGAAAUGGGAGGAGGCAAAUGAGGAAUGGGGCUAAGGAUUUGGGGAAGUUGGAUUUAAAUGUGGAGUUCAGUAAUGAGGUGGAAGAGCCAACCACCCGGAGACGGGAAGGGAAUGGGCCUGGAUAUGGAGAGGAGGAUAAUAUUGAAGGAAAUGGGUUUUUUGAGGGUCUUGACGAGUUUUUAAGUAGCUUACCUAUACUCUCUGUUGUUGCAAAUGAUAAGGUUAAGGCUACUUAGUGAAGUAAGAACCUUGCAAUUGUUUUGUGCUGCUUUCUAGCGGUUGUAGUUUAAACUGUAUGUUGUAGUAUUUAAAUUAUGUAGAGGUACUCAUGAUCUCAUUUCCUAGUUCUGUGAUGGUGAAUUCUGCUUUUUUUUUUGCAGCAUUUUAUUUUGUUAUUGCUCUAUCUUUUCUUGUGGCAUUUCGUUUUCUUUUGAUUGAAUGGUGGUGCAGUAGGAGGCAUAGAUGCAUGGUGAAUAACCAAGGAGAAGAUUCACUUCAUCUAUGGUUGAUGUUCAACAUUGCCACAGCUGUGAAAAUAUCAGCCAAGGUAUUCAGAGCUUUGGCCCCUAUUAUUCUGGCAGCUGUCUACCAACCACCCUGUCGUCAGAUACGAGGACAAAUCUCCACCCAUGGGUAUGGGUGGCGGUUGGGCAUGACCUGUUGAGUCGUUUGUGUCAAAAGGGAUUCUACGAACACUUAACAGCUUUGAUGUCCAAUAUUUGCAGGGCAUUCCCUUUGUCAUUAAUGUCGCUGGAAACAAGGUAACUUGUGAUCUUGUUUAGACUUUGAGUAGUGGAUAACCUGUUUUCAUGUGUUACCCAAAAUUCACUGUUCUGGAUGCGGCAAAAACAGCAGUAGCCGGGUAUUCCUUU